AUGGUGGAUAGUGGUUGCAGUAACAACAUGACUGGAGAUCUGGAGUCCUUCACCGACAUCGAUGACCAAUACCGGUCUCAAGUCAAAUUGGGAGACGAAAAGAAGCCUAAAGUGGAAGGAAAAGGCACAGUUGUUGUAUGCACAGAAGAAGGUAACAAAACUCUCAUCCGAGACAUUUUGUAUGUUCCGGAACUAACUCACAAUCUAUUGUUUGAUAAUGGUGUUUGUGAGAUUAUCAACAAAGCAGACCAUUUCAUGGUGGCCAAAGUCCCGAUGACUUCCAACAAAAUUUUCUCACUUGCUAUGUCACAAAAUGGUGAAGUAGCAUUCAAGAGUGACAAUCUGGAUCACUCCUUCCUAUAG